CUCAACUAUUCCGUCCAUUAGCUUGCCGAUCAUUGACUUGUCACUUCCUUCCAACCUUUUCCAUCUGAAAGUCGUCAAUCUUGCAUCAGCUACGGUAAACGUACGUCAUUUUCCAAGCCUCCGAAGCACCCCCGAUAGCCGUACCGACCGGUGCGGCGGUACCGAAUGGGAGUGAAAUGUUGAGGUAGUGGGUAAAAGCAGCAACAACGCUAUUCCCCGUUAGAUCCCUAUACAUGCAUAAUCCGUACAGUUCAAGAUGCUUUGGCCAUGGGGUGAUAGGAUCAAACAUGGGAUUUGACGAUUGGCUCAAAUCGAAAUGCAUUUGCGCUGCCCAGAAACCCCUGCAGUAUCUCCCCCAUCGGGACCCCGCCGCAAUCACUUGGCCCGGGGGCCGGGGCACCUGCUUCCCGCCAGAUCCACCGUCCCACAGGUUCCGAGGGGGAAGGAGGGCAAAGCCAGGGAUCAAGCCACAACAAGAUAGCAAAGUGUGGCUAGUACCAAGCUGUGGCUGCUCUUUUCGUUUUCACACCAUUCACGCUAGAACGACCCCUAAUCCUCGACAUGGUGAUAUCGUGAAAGUGAGCGACUGACGACCAACGACUGCCUUUUGAGAAGUUGAGAAGUUUUGUUUCUGUUAGAAUACCUCACAAACUGCGAGGGUUUCUUUGUGA